CUCCGCUUCUCACACCUGACUUUACACUACCUUUUACGCACCUACCAUUGUGUAGCCUACUUAUCGGGACAGCCAUAUGUGCCGGAGACUAUGUGAGCUCACCACUGCCCGUCCAAAUCGCCAAUGAUGACGCCGCUACACCCGAUACAAGUUGAGGACCCGUCUAGAAGCGCAGCCAAGUCGCGCUUUCGCCCCAAGCAACGAAUCAGCCACACCAAGUCGCGAAAUGGUUGCUAUACCUGUAAGCAGCGUCGCGUGAAGUGCGAUGAGGAGCGGCCAACGUGCGGUUCAUGUCUCAUUCGGGGGGAAGACUGCGUCUUCCCCAAUCCAGGAGGCACACGUGACCAGACAAGGAGACAACGACCCUUCCUUCGACACAGAGUAUCGUCGGAAAGUAUCCAUCUCCAGGCGCGUGAAAAUAUACGGGAAAUACCGUUUCGUCCAUUAAAUUUCAAUGUGCCUCCUUCCGAGAAAUCCCAAAAUGUUGGAGGUCAACCGAAAUCCAGCCUCAACAUGACUGAUCUCAAUUUACUCCAACACUUUAUCUUGCAUACCGCGAAAAAGAUGACACUGCACAAGAUGAAAACGGUGGUCUGGGAGCGUGUCAUUCCUGAAAUGGCAGCAGCAAAUGAAUUCUUGAUGCACCUAGUCUUGGCCCUGGCUGGCUUGGAUAUUUUGACUACUGCAGACGCUUGUGCCCAGGAUACCCAAGAUCCUUCUAGUGCUUCCAUGUCUGUAAAUGUACCUCAUCUUCAGUCUAUCGUGGAACAUCAUCAACAAGGGCUGGCCGGACUACAGGAAGCGCUUUGCGCCACCAGUGAACCAGAUGCGGAAGCCUUGCUAGCUGGGUCCCUGCUGGUGGUUAGCUUUGCGUUUGCAUCUUUGGGGAUCAAUGGUUUGGAUCCAUCAAUACCUACGCAUCAGCAUACGUCAAAUUCUGGGCUUGGCUCACCAUAUCCUCCCUCUGAUGUCGGUAUACUCCACAUACAAUGGCUUCGCCUUGUUCGUGGUGUCACUUCUAUCCUGAAACAAUUUUGGCCGACCCUGAGGAAAUGUCGCCUCAGGGCGCUGUUAAUUUGCAACAAUGCCAAUGAGGACUGGAAGAUGUGUGAAGCACAGGUGCGCUCGAUUAUGGUGCGUAGUCGGCAUAUCCGAUCAAAGAGGCUGCGGGAGUUCGCCACGGGCGCCAAUCAUGCGGUCUCGCAUUUAUGGGACCUACAUGCAAGCCUCCGUUUACGCAGUGAUCUUGAAGAAGGCUCCGAGGGCUCGCCAUCGAGCGCAACCCCUCGCUCUGAUGAAACUGGCAAUGGGAGUAAGGCUUAUCUGGAGACAUACGGACAAACUAUAGGAGUGGUCGAGGAUCUUUACAUGAGGAUCCUCUAUGUCAUGCAAAUGAAUCCGCUCGAAUCUCACUCAUCAUCCGACCUUGAGCUCCAGACUGGUCUCGAAGAUGCAGCAGUUUCAGGCUGGCCUCAUCUUCUUUCGGAGGAAUUCAUCUCGUCCUUGGACUCGCACGGGACUUUUGACACGCUACAGGGGGUGAGCUUGGUGAUUUUGGCACAUCUGUAUGUGCCUAUCGCUAUUCUGGACGAGCUCUGGUACUUUGGGAAGAGAUGGGACAUAGAAAUCCAGAAGAUUAAUACCCUUGUUGUUGGUCUUGGUGAUGAGAGACUUAUGUCCUUGAUGGAAUGGCCAAUCGAUGUCAUUCUGUGA